GACAGGGACACAACAUGGCGGCCGGGUCCUAACGCUCCGACCGGGACCACCGCGGAGGCCCUAGUUCGAGGCCCCGCCUCGGAGGCGUGGAAGCCAGGGCCCUUUCCUCUCCGCCCAGUGUCGGCCCGGGGCUGUCGCCGGCCUCCGUCCAGGAUGAAGAACUAUAAAGCAAUUGGCAAAAUAGGCGAGGGAACGUUUUCUGAAGUUAUGAAGAUGCAGAGCUUGAGGGAUGGAAACUACUAUGCAUGCAAACAGAUGAAACAGCACUUUGAAAGUAUUGAGCAAGUGAACAACCUCCGAGAGAUACAAGCACUGAGGCGCCUGAAUCCACACCCAAACAUUCUUACGUUGCAUGAAGUGGUUUUUGACAGAAAAUCUGGUUCUCUUGCGCUAAUAUGUGAGCUUAUGGACAUGAAUGUUUAUGAACUGAUACGAGGGAGAAGACAUCCAUUAUCAGAAAAAAAAGUUGUGCACUAUAUGUACCAGCUAUGCAGGGCCCUCGAUCAUAUGCACAGAAAUGGAAUAUUUCACAGAGAUGUAAAGCCAGAAAAUAUAUUAAUAAAGCAGGAUGUCCUGAAAUUAGGGGACUUCGGGUCCUGCCGGAGUGUCUAUUCUAAGCAGCCGUACACGGAAUACAUCUCCACCCGCUGGUACCGGGCCCCCGAGUGCCUCCUCACCGACGGCUUCUACAGCCACAAGAUGGACCUGUGGAGCGCGGGCUGUGUCUUCUACGAGAUCACCAGUCUGCAGCCCCUCUUCCCUGGAGCCAAUGAGCUGGACCAGAUCUCAAAAAUCCACGACAUCAUGGGCACACCUGCUGCGAAGACCCUCACCAAGUUCAAACAGUCGAGAGCUAUGAGUUUUGAUUUUCCUUUUAAAAAGGGAUCAGGAAUACCUCUACAGACAGCCAAUCUGUCCCCGCAAUGCCUCUCCCUCCUGCACGCCAUGGUGGCCUAUGAUCCUGACGAGAGAAUCACUGCCCACCAGGCCCUGCAGCACCCCUAUUUCCAAGAACAGAGGGCCUCGGAGAAGCAGGCUCGGGGCAGCCACAGAAAAGCGGCACCGGAACUGCUCAGUAACAAAUGGCAUAUUUCCAAGGAGGGCAGCAAGCAGAAACAGCCCCUGAAGCAGGAGGAGAGCCGACCCCGGAGACAGGGCCCGGCCUACCUGAUGGAGCUGCCGCAGCUGAAGCUGUCCGGGGCCACCAAGCUCUCGUACUCCAGCCCCGCGCUGCACUCCGUGUUCAGACCUGGAGCGAGCGGGAAGGUGCCGGUGCUGAGACCCCUGAAGUGUGGGGGCGCAAACCAGAAGACAGAUGCACAGAAGGAGCUCAAGCCUAACCUGAAGCAGUACCACCUGCCCACGAUAGAAAGGAAAGGCGGGGGAUACUGAGCAGCGCGUCCAGCUGCCCUCGGAGCGGAGCGUCAGUGCGGCUCAGUCCUCCCAGCCCCGGGCCAGCGAGCGCAGCCCGCACGCCAGCGGCACCACGGCCUGGGGCCACCAGCCCCGCUGCUCGCAUCCUGAAGGCGCAGAGCUGUCUGUUCCGCUCUAAUACACGUGUAAACCACCUCCCUCGAAGGUGCCAUUUCACUUUUGUAACCAAGACUUUGGGACAGGAAAUCUUUUGUAUUUUUAUAUGACUCCAAACAGAAGUUAGAGUUUAUAUUUGUUAUUUAGGCUUGGCUUCCCCGCGGGCUCUGCGUGGGCUUCCAGCACAUCGCCAAGAGCAUGUAGCACGUGACUGCAUGAGGAUACGGGACUUUCAUUAAAGAAUAGCCCUCGUCACAGUA